ACUUGUUAAAAUGGAGAAUUUAAUAAAGGUAGCUGGUUUAACUGUGAUUAGCUAUUUAAACAAAUUAAUAUUCUUUGAUCGAAGCAUUGACAGCAACAAUGAAGAUAGCGAUGAAGAAAUGGAAUUAUAUUUGCACAGAUUAAAAGUCCGAAUUAAUAAUGCAGUAACCAAGCCUCAUCGCAUUGAAGGUUUUAUCGAAAGAGUUGUCGAUAUGUCUACUGCUUCUGAAUUUCAAAGUCACUUCAGAAUAACCGUAACAAGUUUUGAAUGGCUCCUAAAUCGAAUAGCUCCUCUAUUAGAAAGUGCUCGAGCAGCUGGACAUCAAACUAGAGAUCCGAAAAUACAAUUACUCUCCUUUUUAUGGCUAUUAGCAACACCAGACAGUUUUCGAUCAGUCGGUUGUAGUUUUGAUUUAGGAAAGUCUACAUUAUCUGCUAUUUUUAUGCGGGUUGUAACUGCUUUAAAUGAAAUUUCUCCAGAAAUAAUAUUUUGGCCAAAUAGAGAGGAACGCUAACGCAUAGCGCUAUCUUUUCAAGCUUCUGCUGGAAUAGAAGGUAUAAUUGGUGCUAUCGAUGGAACGUAUGUUGCUAUCAAGGCUCCAAGUGAAAAUUCGGAUGUCUACAUUAAUAGAAAAUGUUUUUAUGCCAUAACUCUGCAACUAAUAUGUGAUGAUAAAUUGUCACUUAUAGAUUGCUUUACGGGUUAUCCUAGCAGAGUAUCAGAUAUAAGGAUUUUUCGAAAUUCGCCAAUAUACAAAGAUAUCACAAAUAAUGCAAAUAAUUAUUUUGAUGAAAAUCAAUUUAUUAUCGGAGAUAAGGCAUAUCCCAUUUUGUCGUGGUGCAUACCUCCCUACAUCGAAAGAAGAAAUAUUACAGAAAGGCAAAAACAUUUCAAUACUUGCCACGCCAAGUCUCGCCAAAGAUUCGAACGUUGUAUUGCUCUUUUAUUUGGAAGAUUUAGGUGAAAUAUCUUGAUAUGAAUCGAACAGAUUUCAUAGCACCAACAAUAAUUGCUGCAUGCGUGUUACAUAACAUAUGCUUAAAUAACGAAGAAAAUGAAGAAAUACGAAACACGUUUAUAAAUGAGGGUCUUCAGGCAAUGAUGAAUAAUGCUGACAAUGUUAAUCAUGAAGCAGCUAUUUACAACGAUAUAAAUGCAGAAUUGGGAAGAGAAGGUCACGCAUUACGGGACAGGAUCGCAGAAAAUUUAUAUCCGUUUCGAUAAAAAGUUUCAUAAAUCAUUGGUU